AUGAAAUCUGGUGAUGGCACUACUGAAUCCACACGUCUUCUAGGUCACAGUUCGCGUCAGUUAAAAUGGUAUCGAUGCAUUUUGCAGACAUUUCUCAAGCAUUUCUACGUGUUGCUCGUUUUCCACCUGUUGAAUGCUGCCACGGCACUUAUUGGUGUCUUUGCAACUCUUUGUAUGCUUAUUAGCGUGAUUCUAAUGCCUGUACGAGUUGGCAUGGUAUUGGCCAAGCGAGGAAUGAUGUGGAUGUGGACAAACGUGAGUGCGCGUCUUUCCAAUGCUAACUUGCAUGUGAUUCUCGUAAUCGGACUCAUUGGAAGUUUCGUGCUUGCAUAUUGGAAUUUCGUGGUUCUCUUGUGUCUCUUUGUCCCUGGAAUCCUGAAUAAGUGUGGAGUGAGCUUAUUCAACCUUUCAAUUGCUUUCGUUCAUUGCUUAGUGAGAGUUGAUGUCGAUCUCGUUUGCUUUGUGGAUCCUGCGAUUGUAAUUAACGAACUAGUAGAAAUAAACGAUCUCCAGCUUGACCCACGCAACAAUAGUAUUUGGUUCAGCAACUGGGAUUCUAUGGUGCCUCAUCUCAAGAUGACGAAAAAGGAGUGGGCAGUUGCUUUCUAUUUUGCGUUCAUCAAACCUUUGAUAGGUAUGGUAAGUGCUAUUGUCGUCACGUUUACUGUUAUUCAACCCAUAAUUGCGCUCCUCAGCUGUGGCAAAGCUACCAAUUUUCCAAGCCAAGCUACAUUAUCUGAAGAACCCAUGGAGUACUUAUUGCUUAUCUUACUCUUCUGGAUAGCUGGGGCAGUCGAACUGUUUAUCAGUACGUCAAUUUUUAUAGCGGUGAUGCAUCACUUUGUCGAGUAUUCGGAAUGCAUUGCUUAA